AUGAUACAGAUGGAAGUAAGUACUCUACCUGACAAAUACUUAGGAGUAAUUUUAAAAUCAGGCAAAGUAAAAAUUGCAACAGUAUGGCCAAUGGUGGAGUUAAUGCAAAAUAAAUUGGCUACUUGGAAAGGAAAAUUGUUGUCAUUUAAUGAUAGAUUAGUUCUCAUAAAAUCAGUGCUUUGCAGUGUGCCAAUUUAUAGUAUGUCAAUCUACAAAUGGCCAAAAUCACUAAUCAAAAUCUGUGAGAGAAUAAUCAGAAACUUUUUCUGGUCUGGGGAUAGUGAAACUAGAAAACACAAAAUUCUCUCAUGGAAAAAAGUUUGUUCACCUUAUAAUGAAGGAGGUCUGGGAAUACAAAGAUUGGAAGUGAUCAAUAAAGCAUUGCUGAUGAAGAUUCUAUGGAGAAAAAUAAACUCUAAAGCUGAAGGGGCUCUAUUUAUCAAAGCUAAAUUUCAAGAUAAGCAUAAUCAAUGGAAGAAUAACUGGCAACUUUCAUCAAUUUGGCUAGAAGAAGUUGGAUACACUGACUAUGUUAAAGCACACAUCAACAUGAAAGUGUCAGAUUUAAUUCUGGAAGGAAAAUGGAAUGUACCCGAGCGGAUAAAACCAGUGCUUUCAAAUUACACUUUACCUAAAACUGGUAUUGAAGGUGAUAACUUAAUAUGGAAAGGAGAAAUAAAAGGUGCUGCUGGUUUUGGUAUAGUAAUAAGGGAUCACUUAAGUCAAGUGUUGGGUGUAAUGUCUGGGGGAAUUGGUAUUUCUACUAAUUACAUUGCAGAAGUAUAUGCAAUCAUUAGUGCAGUGGAGUUAGCAGUGGAAUGGAAGAUGCAGAAUGCAAUACUGAACUCAGAUUCCAAACAGUUAUAUCUGAUUUUGCAGACAACAAGAUGCCAUGGUUUGUAA